AUAAUAUAAAUACAAAGUACUUUAAAUUUUGAGUAAUGUUUAUAAUACUUCUCUUAAUUACGCUAGUAAAUUGAAAUCACUAUGCAUAAAUUACGAUUGAGAAGUUUUAUACCAAUAUUAUGGAGACAUCAACGAUAUAAUUUUAUGUGCACAAACGAAUCUCAAGUAACUAAUGAUGAAAAAGAAAUUGAAAUUAAACGAAUCAAGGAGAAUGCAUCAUUAGAUGAACCACCCACUGCUUGCUGUCAAUCAGGAUGUGCCAACUGUGUGUUCAUUGUCUGGGCAGAAGCAUUAACUUCAAAAAUGGAAAAUGCAGGACCAGAGAUUAUAGAGAAGAUAAUGAACAUGGUGGAUGAUCCAUCUAUGAAAGCUUAUCUAGAAAUGGAGUUAAGAAUAAGAGGAUUGAAGAAAUAAAGAUAGAGAACAUAUUUAUCAUUUAAAAUUUGUAGU